GUGAUCUUAAUACGCAUGCGCAGAACGACCGCGCUGUCAGCUGACUUCCUGGCCGAGGGAAAGACUGCUGCUAGUGUCCCGCUAAUCCUUCGGAUCCCAAAAAAUACCACAGAGAGGAAAGGGUCCAUUCCGCGCAUAUUCGUGCGGACAUUAAGGAGGAGUGAGAGCCCAUCAUGGAAUGUGAGGUCUGAAGGACAGCCACCAUGAUCGGAGGACUGUUCAUCUACAACCAUAAAGGGGAGGUACUUAUCUCCCGCGUCUACCGUGAUGAUAUAGGACGCAAUGCCGUGGACGCGUUCCGCGUGAACGUGAUCCACGCCCGUCAGCAGGUGCGCUCCCCUGUCACCAACAUCGCCCGCACCAGCUUUUUCCACGUCAAACGCUCCAACAUCUGGCUGGCUGCCGUUACCAAGCAGAAUGUCAACGCUGCUAUGGUGUUUGAGUUCCUCUACAAGAUGUGUGACGUCAUGACGGCCUACUUUGGGAAGAUCAGUGAGGAGAAUAUCAAGAACAACUUUGUGCUCAUCUACGAGCUGCUGGAUGAAAUCCUGGAUUUUGGAUACCCCCAGAACUCAGAGACAGGAGCACUUAAGACUUUUAUUACCCAGCAGGGUAUUAAAGGCCAGCAUCAGACUAAAGAAGAGCAGUCUCAGAUCACCAGCCAGGUGACGGGUCAAAUCGGGUGGCGCCGCGAAGGCAUCAAGUACCGUCGCAAUGAGCUCUUCCUGGAUGUUUUGGAAAGUGUCAACCUACUUAUGUCUCCACAAGGGCAGGUCCUGAGCGCUCACGUCUCCGGUCGUGUAGUGAUGAAAAGCUACCUGAGUGGAAUGCCUGAGUGCAAGUUUGGCAUGAAUGACAAAAUUGUGAUUGAUAAACAGGGCAAAGGAGGAACCACUGAUGAUCCUGGCAAAAGUGAGUCAGGGGGAAGUGGGAAGCAGUCUAUAGCCAUCGAUGACUGCACUUUCCAUCAGUGUGUGCGUCUCAGCAAAUUCGACUCUGAGCGCAGCAUCAGUUUCAUCCCUCCUGAUGGCGAAUAUGAGCUUAUGAGGUAUCGUACCACUAAAGACAUUAUUCUGCCGUUCCGUGUCAUUCCGCUGGUCCGAGAGGUUGGACGCACAAAGCUGGAGGUGAAAGUUGUCAUCAAAUCGAAUUUCAAGCCCUCGCUCCUGGCACAGAAAAUAGAGGUGCGCAUUCCCACCCCUCUGAACACUAGUGGAGUCCAGGUCAUCUGUAUGAAAGGAAAGGCUAAAUACAAGGCCAGCGAGAACGCCAUUGUGUGGAAGAUCAAACGCAUGGCAGGAAUGAAGGAAUCUCAGAUCAGUGCUGAGAUUGAGCUGCUGCCCACUAAUGAUAAGAAGAAGUGGGCCCGUCCCCCCAUUUCCAUGAACUUUGAGGUUCCGUUUGCCCCCUCUGGGCUGAAGGUCCGCUACCUGAAGGUAUUCGAGUCCAAACUGAACUACAGUGACCACGAUGUGAUUAAAUGGGUGCGUUACAUCGGACGCAGCGGAAUCUAUGAGACUCGCUGCUAAUGAGUUACUGAGCAGAGGGACCAGCUUAUUUUGUCUUAUAAAUAUACUAUGUCUCCCUCCCCUCUCCUUAAAAUUUGUGGAUAAAAGGCAAAUUACAAAAAUAUGCAAAAUGUGAAAUGUAGUAUCCUUUAUCUGUUUGUUGUACAAGUGCUGUAAUGAACAGAUCCUCUGGAGAGCUGAGACACACUAGAUAUGUCUGUCUAUAUUUCAAACCCCAGCUUUGUGAUUCGCUGUAGUCAAUCUUAUAGGGUCCACUGGACCCCAUCCAUAAUACUAUACUUUAGUACUGUCCAUUUUGUCUGUGGUAUUGGUCAUAUUCUCAGUAGCUUAACUUUCUCUCUCUUCCUGCGUGACUGUUUAGGUCAGUAUAAAUAAAUAUAUAAUGCAAAGAAA